AUGGUAGUGACUGAACUCUCGGAAGAGGAUUCCGUGAGAAUAGGUGAUGUCGGCGUUUCUAAGGAAGCAAGUAAAGUCAGCGGUACUGUUAAGGGAUCUUUUUCGUACAUGGCACCUGAGGUGUUCCAUUCUAAACUAUAUGAUUUCAAAGCAGACAUCUACAGUUUUGGAAUAAUGCUUUGGGAGAUGUGGUUUGGACGACGAGCAUUUGCUGAAGUUGAAGCGUUAAACAAUCAACAUUUCUUUAGCUUGGUGGAUCAUGGGCGUCGUCCGAAAGAUAUCAUGGAAUUGAAAAAGCCUCCACGCCGCUGGAAAGAACUUAUGGAAAGAUGCUGGGAUAGAGACCCAGAAAAACGUCCCACAGCUGACAAUUGUGAGCGAGAAAUGACUGAAAUCUGCAGUGGAUGGACUGGUCAUUAG